AUUUGUAAGCAGUUCAGGAAAUCAAGAAUGAUCUGAAACAGGAGGUGACAGGUACAAGGUUACAUUAGAAUGGUGACUACACAGUUUUAACGCCAUAUUAGUGAGAAGAGAUCACAGUAUAGGUUGAACAUGGCAGGGGAGACCGUCAAAGCAUUAAGGUUGUGUCAUUUGGCCCUGCUGGGAAGAUGUCCCUGUCCACAGCUGCAACUGUACAGGUCCUUCAGCUCACAAAGGCCAAGGAAGAGUCAAGGGUUGUUCUGGAAGAUGUUUUUGGGUGUGGCGGUGGGUGUUCCCGUGGUGGUGGGAGUCCAGUACGCCCUUGCGGAACCUAGAGAGAGACGGAAGAUGAAGAUCUUGGUGAAGGGAGUCGGUCGCUUCUGUAGGUCAAUAUAUGUAGGACUCUAUAUCUCAGUAGAUUAUUGGUGGACCUCCAAUGUGAUGUUACGUGGCAUGGACAAGAGCAGCCCAUCGUUUGUAGCAGGGAUGUCAUUGUGCCAUCAGAGGGCAGCAGACGGCAUGGUGGAGGGAGCGGUGCAGAACGGAGGGAUAUACAUUAAACUGGGACAGGGCCUGUGUGCUUUCAACCACCUGCUGCCUCCUGAGUACGUCAAGACACUGCAGGUCCUGGAGGAUAAGGCUCUCAACAGGAGAUACAAGGAGGUAGAUGCUCUGUUCAUAGAGGACUUCAAUACGACUCCAGACAAAAUGUUUAAGAAGUUUGACUAUGAGCCCAUCGCAGCAGCCAGUCUGGCCCAGGUCCACAAGGCAGAGCUGCAGGAUGGGACUCCUGUCGCUGUCAAAGUGCAGUACAUAGACCUCAGGGAUCGGUUCGAUGGUGACAUCAGGACUCUGGAGAUCCUACUGGACGUUAUAAAGUUCAUGCACCCCAGCUUCGGCUUCAGAUGGGUCCUCAAGGACUUGAAGGGGACAUUAGCUCAGGAGCUGGACUUUGAGAAUGAGGCCAGGAACUCUGAGAGAUGUGCAGAGGAACUGAAACACUUCAAAUUUGUCAUCGUGCCAAAGGUGUACUGGGACCAAACCAGCAAGAGAGUGUUGACUGCAGAGUUCUGUGAAGGCUGCAAAAUCAACAAUUUGGAAGAAAUCAAAAGACAAGGACUUAGUUUGAGAGAUACUGCUGACAAGCUGAUCCGUACGUUUGCAGAGCAGAUAUUUUACACUGGCUUCAUCCACGCUGACCCUCACCCUGGCAAUGUGCUUGUGAGAAGAGGUCCAGACAAGAAGGCAGAGCUAGUACUGUUGGAUCACGGCCUGUAUGAAUACCUCAGUGAAAUUGACAGGGUAGCUCUGUGUAAACUGUGGAGGUCCAUAGUCCUGAGAGACGAUGCUGCCAUGAAGAGGUACUCCAACAGCCUGGGGGUCAAAGACUACUUCAUCUUCUCUGAGAUGCUGCUGCAACGGCCAAUCAACAUGCGAGAAUUGGGCCUGUCCAACAUCCUGAGUCGUGAAGAGACAACCUAUAUGAGGAACAUGGCUGUCAAUCACUUUGACAACAUCAUGGUUGUGCUCAAGUCCAUGCCACGCCCCAUGCUGCUAGUGUUCAGGAACAUCAACACGGUCCGCAGCAUCAACAUCACACUGGGAGCUCCUGUAGACCGAUACUGUGUCAUGGCUAAGAGCGCUGUGCAGGGCUGGGGGCGGCUCCAGGCAGAGAGGCCGGGUGUCCUUCCAAGGUUCAGGGUGUUGCGAUGGGUGCGGGCCACCUGGGAGAGCCUCAAGUUCGAGUGUGCCCUGAGGUCUGAGAUGGCGAUGAUGACUCUGACACGAUCCCUGCUGUCUUUGUUGUCUUACUUUAACCUCAUAUCGCUGGACGAGGAAGUUUACCAAUACCUGAAGUAGAGGCCGACAACACAAACCUCAGCUGCAUACCUGAUACUAGUGACUCCUGUUUCAAGCUCAAGAAAUGCAACCCGUUUGACAGGACUGGAUAGAUGUGCUUCCAAAAUGGUGCUAUGCAUUUCCAACAUCUACAGUACAUACCAAAUCUGCAGAUUUAUGAUGUAAAAUUGUCUUAAUCAGUCAGGACAGAAAAAGCAUUAAACACAGCUCCAAGCCAAGGACUUGACUCACCAGCAGUCAUGGCAUUGAGGCGCACUGUCUGUGCUGCCAAGGAAUAUGUGAACUGACAUGACAUGAACGCUAUUUUAUUAAACACAGAGCCAUUUAA